CAUGCUAUUUGAAUUUUAAGUGUUGACUAGUGGAAAUAAAAUAAAAUUGUUGGCAGCACUACGCUUUUAACAUUUAUAGUUUGGCAACACUCAUACAAUCAGAGAUGUCGUUCGCAAGCAAACUUUUACAUACCAGCGUUCGGCUGUGGAAUGGAAUUAGCGCCACCAGGAGCUUCCAUGCUCUCGUGCGUCCCACCAUUGCAACAUCUUCGCCGGCUCAAAAUUCACUUGUCCAUCAACAGCAAUUAAAUGGAACAAAUAACCAGGUUGUGCCGUUGCUUUCGCCAAUGAAUACACUGGUGCAACAAGUGGCCGGAUUUAAGGUGAAAGGACGUCUAAAGCGGCGCUGCAAGGACUGCUUAAUUGUCGUGCGUCAGGAGCGUGGUUAUGUCAUCUGUCCAACGCAUCCGCGGCACAAGCAAAUGUCUAUGAAGAAACGUGACUACAAGUCGUGGCUGUUAACACAUGCUACACAAUCCAAGGAAAGGGGCUUUUAGUUCAAUAAAUACGAAAACUUAUAAUUAAAAAAUAAAACCAAAACACAUGUUAGUUUGUUAAAAUAAAAGGCUUUUAUUU